GGGUCGUGUACUUGUCCAGAAAUCACUGAUGAAAGAGAUAAUAAAGCCUAAUUUGGAGAUAAAAUUGAACAUUUCAUUUGACCUUGCGCUUCUUUUCUUUGAAGCUAACCUUAUCGGAUCUUCUUCGCACGCAUUUUCUCUCGCGUUUCUUCGAAGAGGAAACUUAAUAGGUAAAUUAGAUCAAAAAACAUUUGGAGCUUUUGGUGAAUGACGAGCGCUUCCGAGUUAUUCUAUACCCGAAGGUCGAGAGUGGGCCGACCCGAUUCAGAUCCGUUGAUUGGGUCCUCAAUUGAUCGGAAUUACAAUCGCCGCCAUCAUCUCGGUCACCACAAUCACAGGCAUGAUGUGGACGGCUGUGAUCAUCUCCGUCGGUCCCCCCAUGUGCGCCAAUUCAGCUCACGUGCUUCCUCUCAAUCUCAGGAGCGUUCAUCUAUGCGAUUUGAUCAAGGUACCAGCCCGUUUGUAUUAAGCAAUGCUUUAAAUGCAGAUGCCGUAAGCAGUUCAAGUAGGCCAAGUUUGACAUCAAAUGAGAGGCUUCCUGGAGCUGUGCUGCUUGCAAGAGCGAGGCUUCUUGAGAGAUUGAGAGGUGUGUCUGUUUCUACAAACAGGCGAAGCAGCAGAGCUCCACCCAAUGCUUACCGCAGGGAGUAUUUAUUGGGUGAUGAUUUCAGGCUCGUUGAUGCAGGGGACUGGGGAAGUGAAAUUUCUACAGGGUUGUCCUCUGGGAGUUCCCCUUUUACUGACCUGACCUCUCAAACAGAAAGGUUUCAAUUGUUGGAAGAAACUAACAAGAAGCCUCCUGGUCUUACUCAGGAGGCCCUGGACGGUUUGCCGCUGGAAGUUUUUAGCAGCGGGGAGGUGGAUGUCGAUAAAAAGUUGUCAAGGGACUCAAGGGAUUGCAGUAUAUGUCUGGAGAGCUUUGGGGACGACGAUGUACUUACACGGCUGCCUUGUGGGCACCGGUUUCACUUAGCCUGCUUAGAUCCGUGGGUUAGAACUUGUGGGGAUUGCCCUUACUGUAGAAGAAGUAUACUUAAAAAGUAGUCAGGACUCGUGAAUAGAACGUAAGGGGUUUUUUUUUUUUUUUUUUUUGUCCUUUUCCCUGUGUUUCUUGUGCUCUGGUGGAAAAUUUUGACAGUUGACCCAAUAGCAGAAGCACUUUGUAAUUUGAACUCCUUCGUAUAUGUGGUACUGUAUAUUUAAUAUUUGUGACUUCUUUUUGUUAUAAAGAAGGGGAAAGAUAUUCCUUAAUUUUGAUAA